AUAGGGAGAAAACCCUUUGAACGUUUUUACUAAAAUCAUGAACUUUGUUGUCUUUUGGUUGAAAUUCUGCGGUUAAUAGAAAGAUUCUCGCCAUAAAUCGUUGUUUUUUACCAACCUAGUGUCUUCAAUAAAGCCUGAUGGAGGGAUGGGAUGCCAGACACGAUGGAGAGAAGAUCGAUCUUGCUUUUAUCAUCGAUUGUACAGGAUCGAUGGGKUCUUACAUCAAACAGGUCCAAAAACACGUCCACUACAUCGCAGAAACUAUCUCUCGUACUGCGUUUAAUGUAAGACUAGCACUGAUCGAGUACCGCGAUCAUCCUCCACAAGACAAGAGCUUUGUUACUCGGGUAAACGAUUUCACAGGAAAUGUCGGCGAGAUGAAGAAAUGGGUUGAUGGAAUGAGUGCUGGGGGUGGAGGUGACUGGCCAGAGGCUGUUGCAGACGGGUUGUACGAAGCUAGUAGGCUGUCUUAUAGGAAACAAGCUACCAAGAUGUGUGUCUUGAUCGCUGACGCACCACCUCAUGGGCUAGACCAAAAUGGAGACGGAUUCCCAAACGGCUGCCCAAAGGGACAUGAUCCUUUGACUGUAUGCCACACCCUUGCUGAAAAAGGAAUCACGCUGUACUGCAUUGGAUGUGAACCCAGUGUUCAUGCAUUCAGGGACUUCCUAAUGGCAUUGGGAGCAAUUACUGGAGGGCAAUAUGUGCCACUUCGUCAGGCAAAAACCUUGACCAAGGUAAUUACCAAUGCUGCCUUGGAAGAGGUUUCCCUGGAGAAGCUUAUGGGAGCAGCUUCCGAUUUGCUUUAUCUGACACUUCUGAAGAACAAAGAGGAAGGAAAGACAAUUACAGUUGAUGAGCUCGCAGAUGUACUCCACAAACACCUUACCUUGACCAACUGUCAGUGUCAACAGGUUCGAAUAAAUGAAAAAGCUCUGCCUCCUCUGACGAAUGAUGGUAAAACGUACAGCGCAAUGAAGCAAAUGAGCAUGGCAAGGAAGUUGUAUAAAGAAAGAAAGGGAGGGAGAUCGUCGUCACAUUCUCAUUCUGAUGUUCAGGAGCUCGUUGUUCUGAUGGGAAGAAUAAGUGUGUCUCGAGAGCAGAGCAGGAAACUCACAACCAAGUACAUAGCAAGGAAUAAGGUUCCUGUUACUCAUUGUGAAAAAACGAAUCAGGUUGUUGUAGGUGUCGUUCCUUCCACUCUUUAACUAGUCAGACCUGAUUGAGUGCGCGCAUUGAGUGAUUUUAUUUAACCCCU